UAACGUCACUAUGUUUGGACGACAUCACGCUUGCAGUCGCUAAAGAAACAAACACAAAAACAGCCAAAUGGGAGCGUUUUAUUGCUCUAUCUGCAGAAAAACUGAUUUUUCUGGAAAAGGACACAUUUAUGGGAAAAGCCACCAAAGCAAACUUAAAGUAAUUCUUGUCAAAUUCAUGGAGAAGGUCAAAGAAGUGAAGCGGACCAUUAAAAAUCCUCAGGUAGAGAAAUACAGUCCCGAUCAUGACGAGAAGUUCUGGUGUUACUGCUGCGCGCUGGAGGUGCAGAAGCACGUGACUGACAGUAACAUCAGUGUGCUGUACGGAGGACUGCUGGAGCACAUGAGCACCCCAGAGCACCGGACAAACACACACAAGUUCUGGUGGGACAAUAAAGCAGAUCCCAAACUGCGAGACAAGUUUAUCAUAACAGAAGAGGAAACUGAGAGAUUCAAGUCUGAGGUUUCCAAGGCUCUGGAGCAGUUUGAGGAAAAAGAGGAUGUGUUUAUUAAACAGCAAGCUGCAGUGAUCCGAUCCCAGGAGCAGCACAGACUGGAGGCCCUUCAGUUUUUAUCAGAGCCGGAUCCAGAACUGGUACAUCCUGCUGAAGUGGACCAGCACAGCAGUAACCAUACAGCCAGAAGUUCCCACAGUCACUCUUAUGAAAUGGAGCCACAACCAGGGCCGAGCCACGAGGAUUUCGCCUCACACAGUCAGUGGAAUGAACCAGGACUCGGUUUAACUUUCAUCGGUUACCAGGACUCGUCCAGCAGUGGAAAUGUUCAUACUGGAGCUGUACCGCCGUGGCUACUGGAGGAGCCUGAUGAAGCCUCAGGCAGUGGACAGCAGGAAAUGGGCCCCUCGCUUCAGGAGUUCCUCAAACACAAGGAACAGGAGAAGCUCAAGAAGCUUCCGCCCAACCGUGUGGGUGCAAACUUUGACCACAGCUCACAUACUGACGCCAACUGGCUGCCAUCUUUUGGACGCGUGUGGAAUAGUGGCAGGCGCUGGCAGUCUAGGCGUCAGUUCAGAGAGGAAGAGGCAAAAACCAGGGGGAAGAGGAAGUGGGAAGGUGAUGGGAAAGCAACAAAGCAGAAAAAAGACCUCAGUAAUGGAGAGUUAUGAAGUGGAUGCCCCAAAUAUACUAGCAGUGUUGGAAAAAUGGCCUAUUGGUUUUCUCAUAUUGAGAAUUAGUAUUUAAAGGACUUGACACCAGUUUUGAACACUUAUGUGUUUGUUUCAGCUUGUCUAAAUACACUUUUUGUUUUUACAAGAAAUGAACAUCGUUUGUGUUUCCAGUUUAUUGAAUACAUUUUUGCGACAGAUGUUGUGUAAUUUUUUUGGUCAUAAAUCCAAAACAAACUACCCUUCCCACUCUCCUCAAAAGGUAAAUAUGAUAAAAUGAAGACACAAUGUGCAAUAUCUUCUUUCCAUUUUGAACAAUACAUCAGUUCAGUCAAAUUUAAUAGAAUCUCGUCUAUUAGAGCUAUUCCAUGUUCUCAACAGAAAGCCAAGACCAUAUUAAUGUUCAAUAAUAUAAUAAAAUACCUCAAAUGUCUAGACAGAAUAAUAAAAAUACAGAUUACAUUAAUAUUAAAGGAUACCUUGCAGUCUUUUAUUUUUCUUCUUUUUUUUAGUAGUUUCUGUUAAAAUAAUACAUGACUUAACGCUUUAGAACGCAAAAGA